CUCUCUCUCUCUCUCUCUCUCUCUCUCUCUCUCUCUCAUGUCAAGGGUGGAAGAGGAAGCACAAGGGGAUUAUACACAAGAUGGUACCUUCGACCUCAAAGGUAGACCAGUUCUUAGAUCAAAGACUGGAAAAUGGAAGGCUUGCUACUUCAUUGUUGGGUAUGAAGCUAUUGAGAGGAUGGCUUACUAUGGGAUUGCAUCAAAUCUAGUGAUAUAUCUCACAAACAAGCUCCAUGAAGGCACUGUAGAAUCAUCAAACAAUGUGACUAACUGGAUAGGCACUGUUUGGAUGACACCCCUUAUUGGUGCAUACAUCGCAGACACUUAUCUUGGUCGAUACUGGACUUUCAUGAUAGCUUCCUCAAUUUACCUUAUGGGUAUGAUAUUGUUAACGCUGGCUGUUUCGUUAUCGGCCUUACACCCCCCGUCGUGUGGGGAUGGGGUGAAGGAGCAAGAUUGUGACAACAAGGCCUCAGCACUCCAAAUAGGGAUCUUCUACCUAGCCUUGUACAUAAUUGCAAUAGGAACUGGUGGAACCAAGCCUAAUAUCUCAACCAUGGGGGCUGAUCAAUUUGAUGACUAUGAGCCUAAGGAGAGGUUCCAAAAGCUCUCCUUCUUCAAUUGGUGGAUGUUUAGCAUCUUCUUAGGCACCCUCUUCUCCAACACAUUCCUCGUCUACAUCCAAGAUAACGUGGGUUGGACCGUUGGCUAUGCCCUCCCAACAGUGGGGCUUGCAGUAUCGAUCAUGGUCUUUAUUGUUGGGACGCGCUUCUAUAGACAUAAGCCCCCCUCCGGUAGCCCCUUGACCAGGAUGGCCCAGGUGCUUGUGGCUACCGUGAGGAAGUGGAGGGUGGUUGUACCCGACGAACCUAAAGAACUCCAUGAGCUCCCCAGGGAGCACUACUCGGGUUCUGGCAAGUUCAGAUUGGACCAUACAUCUACACUAAGGUUUCUGGACAAAGCUGCAGUACAGAGCGGUCCCAAGUCGAAGUGGAUGUUGUGCCCGGUAACUCAAGUGGAAGAAACAAAGCAAAUGAUGAAGAUGAUCCCAAUCCUAGUAGCAACAUUCAUCCCCAGCACACUCCUCCCCCAAACCCAAACCCUCUUCAUCAAGCAGGGCGCCACACUUGAGAGGGGCAUCGGCCCCGGCUCCUUCAAGAUCCCCCCGGCCUCCCUCAACGCCUUCGUCACCCUCUUCAUGCUGGUCACCAUCGUCCUCUACGACCGCCUCCUCGUCCCCUUGAUCCGAAAAUACACCAACAACCCCAGGGGCCUAACCCUCCUCCAGCGCAUGGGGAUCGGCCUCGUCCUCCACAUAAUCAUCAUGGCCACGGCCUCCUUAGCCGAGAGGCACCGCCUCAGCGUUGCUCACAGGAAUGGAAUCACCGGGAAGGACGAGAUAGUGCCUCUAUCCAUCUUCAUCCUUCUACCCCAGUUCGCCCUGAUGGGGGUGGCAGAUAACUUCGUGGAGGUUGCGAAGAUCGAGUUCUUCUACGACCAGGCGCCCCACGGGAUGAAGAGCCUCGGCGCGGCCUACUUCACCACCAGCUUGGGGAUUGGAUAUUUCCUCAGUAGCUUUCUUCUCUCGACGGUGGCUGAUGUGACGAAGAGGAAUGGGAAGGGAUGGAUCAUGAACAAUCUCAAUGUGUCGCAUUUGGAUUAUUACUAUGCGUUUUAUGCUGUGAUCAGUGUUGUUAACUUUGUUUUCUUCUUGGUUGUUGCGAGAUUGUUUGUUUAUAACACGGACAUGGCUGACCGGGAACCGGGAGAAGGUCAUGGCGCGGAUUGAUCUCGAUUAUGGCUUUCUGUUAUCAAACUUCUAUUGAUGGUUUGGCGGAUAUAUAAUCGUUGUUGUGUGCUUCCAUGUUUAUAUAUGGAGGCUUAUUUCACUUCUUAUAAGUAAGAGCAAAUUGUUA